AUGCUCACUUCAGCUGCUCAGUCUACAGACAAUAAAACAGCAGAAGAGACGCUAUGUUUUGUUUCUGGCGGAAACAGCGAAUGUAGGGUGUGUUUGCACUCGUUUGAUUAAAGUUUAAGAGCAGCAUAAAUGUGUUUAUAAGACCUACUCCGAGGUAAUUCCUUCUAUUUUAUGCACUUUAACUCAUUUAAGAUACACUUUUUUCAGUUUCACCUGGUUUUUAAAGAAUUAUCUUUCAGUUAUUCUCAGUUUUAGUGGUUCACAGUUAGCAUUGGUUCGAACAGAAACUCUUGAGCAGCUCUUUAUUAACAGUUUAUAACAGCAGCCUAUCCUAACGGCGGUCCUAAAGCUCUGUGGGAUUAUAAAUGAUGUACUGAGAUGACUUUCCUAUAGAAAAUAAUGUGGUUCAGAGACGCGUUCCUGAGGCAUAAAACAAAGCUAAGCUAAUGUAGUAUAUCUGGUUUUAAAUAAAUGUGCGAGGGACCCCUUCUUUUUAACGUACUCGCGGUUUUUAGUCCCUUUUUGACCAACACACUGCUCACACACACGAUCUUAGUUUAAACCUACUGACAGCUGCGGCGCCAAACUAAGUAUCUUGUGCGCUGAUUCCGACUUGGCUUUUAAAGAGAAAGUUAAGGAAGCAACGUCCUGGUCGAAACCUAAAACUAGACUCAGAUCUGGGCUAGAUCAUCUUAAAGAGGCUACUGACUUCUUAAAACACAGUUUCUGAUUCGUGAAGCCUUAACUCUAUUAUUGGGUAUUUUUUACUGCUUUUUGGGGGGGAUCAGAAUGAGGUAUUUUGCUGAAUUUUAUCAUUUUAGUUUGUUUGUUGAAUAUCUUCCCUACCUGGCUUUAAAAUUUUGUGAACAUCUAGAUUUGCUAUUAUUUUUGUACAGAUUUACAGAUGCUUUAAGUUUAGAUGUGUUCUUUUUCAAGCCCUGAGGGAUGUUUCUUCCCAUCUAUGCAAAUUGCAUGUUUAUUUGCGUGUGUCUUUUUUAAAAAUCUUUUUCUUUGCACAAAUAAAUAAAUUCAAAAAUAAAUAGUAUCACAUUACUAAAAUGGUCAUGGAAGGGCUUGUAAACACAGUUAGAAAUACAUAAAUGUAUUUGUGAAAAUGCAAAAAUAGCUGUUUCCCUGUUUUAUCUCUCUCCAUUUGAAAUUGAAUAGGCUAAAUUAUUGACUUAUUUUACACCUGCAUUUUCUAGAUGAAAUCAGAUGAGAAAAAAUGCCAAAGACUUAAUUGUGGUCCUUACUCUUACUUACCUGAAACAGAUGUAACAGUUAUGGGUUUGGCAGAGGUCAGUAAAGGAAGACAUGCAGCGAAAGAGGUUGAUUGUGGCUAGUUAGCUGUAAGAUCAGAGAACAGCAGUUGUCAUGGAGAAUAAAAAAUACCAAUCAGAGAGUAUUUGAUUGUUUUGGGCCCAAAGGGCCAAAUAUUGCUUUGCAGUAAAAGGAAAGUGCGGUUCAUGAUUGUCAGGAAUUUGGGCAUCUUGAGUGAAAUUAAAAUGAAAGCUUACUUAACUUUAAAGGAAUUGAAAAAAAAAGUGUGUUUAGACUUUGGGCCAUCUAGACUUAGGUUCCAUUGAUCUUUCUGGACUUGGUCCGGAUCUUAAAGAACAGGUUCGAUGUUUUGGAUUAUGACCUGGACAGUGCAGGGAAAUGGCCCACUCUCUUGUAUUUUCACAGAUAUAAUAAAGGUUUUACAAAUCUAAACAUGUGUUUCAAAGAGGUUGCAGUCUCUUAAGAAUAAUUGAGGCCAGAUAUGAAAACUAGGUGUUUUCUGGAUCAGGAGCUGGUUCAGUGUGGUCUAGGGGUGAAAAGCAUAGUGAAUUUGAACACUUUUACAUUUUCACAUAAGAAGAGAAGAAAUGUUGAAUAGAAUUACAAAGAGUUAGAAUUGAGGCUUCACAAAUCUAAGACUGUUUAAGAAAUGUGUAAGCUGUUUUAAGAUCAUUUAUUCCAGAUCUGACAAGGCUAGGGAGAGUGGUUAUGAAACAGGACCUUGUUUCCAUAAACUACCUUUCAAAAACCAAACCAGAGGCAGCAAUUAAGAUGCCAACUUCAGUGUUGUCCAACAGGUAACAGUGUAGACUGUUCAAGGUCAGCAGUCAAACCUACAAACAGCCUUUAAGUGCUGUGUUUCCUCCUGUGGACAGGUUACAGCUGAUAAACAGUGCUGUGUGUAGUUUGUGUCAGUGUUGUAACAGUUGUGUAUGUAACAGCUUUGUGUUGUGACAGAUGUACUACUAUCGGUAUGAGAACGCUGAGGUCAGCUGCUGUUACAAAUAUCUCAUGUUCAGCUACAACAUCAUCUUCUGGGUGAGUUACCUGCUUACACAUCUGAAAACCAGUCCACAUCUUUGCAUGUAAUACCUGUGACAAGCUGUGUUUCCUUUGAGUGCCCUGAAACAGGGCUGCUUCCUGUCUGAUGGUUAGCUAACAGGAAGACUGUCUGUUGUAUCCUGAGUGGUUGAGAGAACAGGAAGAUCUUUCACAAUCUGUGUUCAUGUGAAAUGCUAUGAGUCACAGUUUUGUUUAGAAUCACACCCAAAAGAGUUCAGUUUGGCUGACCUUAAGGGGCCUCACUGCUUCUGGUUAUCAGGAAAGUUCAGUGAGUUUGAUACUGAUAAAAGCUUUGACUCCAGACUCUCAUUCCAGCAUGCCAACAAACCAAUCUUAAAUUUUGAGUUAGACUUACUGUUAGCGUGAGUCAUUUUUUCAGAUGAGAAAAAAAUGCUGGCACUGACUAAUCUUUGGUCUGAGUGUCAAAAAUGAGUCAUAACUGAUGUAAGUCUAUUUGAGAUCGCACUACGUCUCCUUUCAUGUCUGGUUUUGUGUUUCAGCUGGCAGGGGUUGCCUUUAUUGCAGCUGGUUUCUGGGCAUGGAGUGAAAAGGUGAAUUAACAAUUAUUUGUAAGCACAAUGUGAGCCAGCUAUUUAUCUAUUGAAUUAAAAAAAGAGGGCUCAAUUUAACACUUUGCUGUUUAAUACAUUUAGUAUCAGGUUCUGUUUAAUGUCAGUAGUUAUUCUGCCAUAUUUGGGACUGGACUGACUCUUUUUGAUUGACCUCUCCACAACUGGUUUGUCUGGGUUUAUAGGGAGUCCUUUCAGAUCUUACCCAGGUGACCCGGCUUCAUGGUUUUGACCCAGUCUGGUUGGUCCUGGCAGUAGGUGGAAUCACCUUCAUCCUGGGAUUUGCUGGAUGUGUGGGAGCUCUGAGAGAAAACAUCUGUCUGCUUAAGUUUGUAGGUCCAGAAUAUCUGUCUGCUGCAGUUUUUCCAUUUUUUUAAUGAAUGUGCUUUUUUGAUCUACUUUUGUUUCUAGAUAAAGAUGGCCUGUCCUCUGAAGUUUCUCUGUUUAAUGACAUUUGGUCAAUCUGCUUUUCUAAAUACACUUAAGUUUCUAUGUUUAAAAGUAUCUAUCUAGUCAAAGUGCAGGCACCUUCAAGGUAUUCGAUGAAUCUGUGGUCUAACUGGUCUGCUUAUGUUUCAGUUUUCAGGAGUGAUUGGCUUCAUAUUUAUCUUGGAGCUGACAGCUGCAGUCCUGGCUGUGGUUUUCCAGAGUCAGGUCCGAGAGUGGAUCAAGGAGUUCUUCCUGGCAAAUAUCAAAGCAUACAGAGAUGACAUUGACCUGCAGAACCUCAUUGACUCCCUGCAGAGGAUGGUACAUUUACGCUUGUUUGGAUACUUAACAAAAAGCUCUGUUGCUCAGCAAACUUGACUCAAACCUGUAGGAUCUUGUUUCUAGUUGAUGAAAUCGCUUGCCUCAGGUUUGGUCACAGUUAACUGUCACACAUUGAUUUUAAGUAGGAAUACACAAUACUGUUGGUAUCCAACAUUUUCAAACUCAUUACUCAUAUUGAUGCAGACCUACACUCUUUUGCCACUUUAUUAAGUACACCUGUUCAAUUGCUUGUUAACGCAGACAAUCACAUGGCAGCAACUCAGUGCAUUUAGGCAUGCAGUUCAAUGAGCAUCAGAAUGAGGGAAAAAAAGAGGGUUUAAGAGACUUGGACAUGACAUGGUUGAUGUCAUGGAGCUGGUCUGAGUAUUUCAGGAACUGCUGAUCUUCUGGGAUUUCUAUCAACAACCAUCUCAUUGGUUUACAGAGGAGAGUCAGAAAAAGAGAAAAUAUCUAGUGUGCAGCAGCUGUGUGGAUGAAGAUGUAUUGUUGAUGUUAAAGGUCAAGGGGGAAUGGGCAGAUUGGUUCAAGAUGAUUAGAAGGUGACAGGAAGCCAAAUAACCACUUGUUACAACCAGAGUGUGCAGAAUAGCAUCUCUGAAUACACAACAAGUCAAACCCAAAGGCAGACAGACUACAGCAGUAGAAGACCACACCGGGGGCCCAAUUCUGUCAGCUAAGACCAGGAAACUGAGGUUACAGCUCACACAGGAUACCAAAAUUGGACUAUAGAAUACAGGAGAAACCUGGUCAGAUGAGUCUGAAUCUCAGCUGCUCCAGUCAGAAUCAGAUUUUGCUUUAUUGGCCAAAUACAGUAUGUGUACACGUAUAAGGAAUUUGACUCAGGUAAACUUCAGAUGGUGGGUCAAAUUGGGCCUCAGCUACAUGAAAUUAUGGUUUCCAACACCUUGUUGAAAGUCUGCCACAAAAAAAAUUAGAGAGUUCUAAGGGCAAAAGCGGGUCCAACCCAGUACUCAUGGUGAUGUCUUUUUAGGCUUUCUGAAAGUUAAAGGCUGAAAACCUUUUAAAUAGAGUAAAUGAUUAGACUGGCGUUAGUGUUUAGGUUUCAGUUAAAGUUUCUUUGCAGAGCGGACUCUAUCUUUAACAGGUGAUAGCUUAGCUUUGGUUAACACAUAAAGAAUUGAAAAAUGCCUCAAACAACCACCGAUUCAGGUUGAAAUUUCCAUGGUGCUGCAUACUGCAAUGAAGCAUGUGUCAAUGUAGAGCAGCACUAUAGGGUAUUUUUGAGCUCUCUCUAAUUUCAACACCCAACGAUCUAGUAUUAAGAGCAGGUAGGCCACCUUUUGUCCAACCUAACCUUGACUCAUCCAUGUAAAAUCUGUGAUUGGGAAGCAUUGCAGCCCCCCAUCUCAAACUGAGUCAAGUAACAGCUGAUCAGGAAAAACUCCAAAGUUAGUCUGAAACUGGCAUUAUUUCACGCAGUGACCAAGGUGAUUUAGUUUAACCAUUAGCAUCCAUGUUCUGAUUGAACCAAAUGUCUUCUGAUGGGUAAAUUAUCUUUCUUCUUUGAUGCCAGCUGAAUCUAAGGACCCUGAAAGUCAUUUGAAUAGUGUGGACUUUGGGGGCUAAGGUGUCCUCACUUAACCCUUAAACAUCCUCCUUCACUUGAUUCAAUGUCAUUGUCUCUCUGAAUAAGGCUCUGUUAGAGGAGCAGUGGAGUUCAGGAACAGAUGGCUGAAAUGUAAGUUCCUGUUUGUCACUCUGUUGACACAUCUUUUACUUUUCACAGAACCACUGUUGCGGCGCUCAAGCACCAAACGACUGGGACCAGAACAUGUAUUUCAGUUGUAACGAUACUCACAGCAGCAGAGAGAGAUGUGGAGUUCCUUUUUCCUGUUGCAUCACAGAUCCUGCUGUAAGUCAUGUACAAUAAUUAUUAAUACUGAUUAUUGUUUAGUUGAUGUGACUCAUUGAUUCAUUGAUACAUGUCUGCCUGUAAACCUGUUGUGUUGAGUUGUAAAAAGCUUGUUUGUUUCAGGACUUGGUGGUAAACACUCAGUGUGGCUAUGAUGUGAGAACUAGACCAGAGGUGAGAUUUCACUGAAAUGUUUUAUGAUUCUUUUUUAUAAUUUAUUUAAGAUUCAGCGGGUUGGUUUAGGUGCUUCUUGAAGGUUCAGGUGAGAGGAAACAGUAACAGCAGAAAAGACUCAGACAGGGUUUUGGUCAGUGUGCUGUAUCCACCUGAGGGGGCUUGUUUUAGUCCGUAAUUUGACACAGGAAAAAGUCAAAUUUGAUUAUUUCAUGGAAUUAUUACAUGAAACUGUGUUGUAUUUUUUCCUAUAAUAUGCAUGCAUGAAUAUCUGCAGUGCCUAGUUAAGGUUUCUCCACUGUAACUCCCAUUUCUUUAGUCUUUUUUCAAUCAUUCUGUCCUUUUUUAAAUUCUUCCUGAGUUCAGACUUUGCUUUGUUGAAGUUUGUGUGAAUGUCUCAUCUUUAUCUGUGUAAUGGGGUUGAUCACAGUAAAGGGGUUUAUCAAGAUUUCAGACAAUUACUCUCCCACCACAGGAACCUGGUGGAGAUUUAAAGCACAGGUGCCCUCGGAGUGAACAGUGCUCUUGCAAUAAUAAUGAUACAUUUUUUUCUAUAUCUUUAUUGUUCACGUUCCAACAAGAAAUAACCAUGUUUUAUAAUCAUGUGAUAAAAUAUCAAUGUCAUCUUGAGUUUGAACAAAAACAUACCCUUCAAUGGUUUUUGAUGUACCUGCAGAGGCUAUGGAGUGAAGACAUCUACGUUAAAGGUUGCAUCCCUGCGUUGGAGGACUGGUUACCAGGAAAUCUCUACACAGUUGCAUUCGUCUUCAUCGUCAUCUCUCUGCUGCAGGUACAAAUACAGUCUGUCACUCUGGAAAGCUUGGGUUCAGCUUCCUACAAAGAAGGCAAAUGAGCUCUGUACAAACAAAAAAGGAACAUAAUAUCAAUCACAGGGAUGUUAGUGUCAGCCCACCUAUCACACCUCUGACAGGACAUCUGAGCCUUUUAUAUCUAUACAGGACAGCAGGUGCCCUUUCACCUUCAUGUUUCUACAGUAGUGCAGAACAAACCAAAUGCAUUUCUUAAAUUUAGUGAGUGGCUAUGAAAUGCUCUAAAGUUAGGAUGAUAAGGAAGAAGCUGGCAGUGAUUGUUGUUGUUGUGGGCAAAAUAAUUUGAAGUGAAAGACAUUUCUGAUGCUAAAAAAAAUGACAGGUAGCGAAUUUUACCAGUAAUGCUUGACAGACCUGACUCAUCACCAGGAUACUUCUCAAACUGUCAGAGUCACCAAAUAAAGUGAUAAAUAUCAAUGGGGAAAAACACACAAACACUCAAAGCCAUUUCCAGCCCUGCCAGUUGUGUCAGUGUCUUACUCCCGUACUUAAAAGAGUUUGAUGUAUUUGUGUCAUUAAUAAAUCAAUAACAACUUGAAUUAGGGACGGACGGACCUAAACUGGAGAGCCCAGAGUUGUGUUUCUUUUGGCUCAGCUGUUAUUUGGAGGUCAGGUUGUCUCACCUUGUGUCUCUGUUUACCUGUUUACCAAUGAGCAGAUGGUGGGGAUCUACCUGGCCAGAACUCUGAUCGCUGAUAUCUCAAAGGUCAGAUUCAGCUACUGAAGCACCUCCUGCAGGGAACGAGCCUUAAACAAAUGCCUUCUCCAGAUGUUCCUGGACCAACUCCAGAUGUUCCUGGACCAACUAUCUUAAGUCAGACGUGCCUUCUCCUCCCUUUUCUUUGUCCUUACUCUUCAGCAGCUCUGCCGUAUCAGCUCUCACUUUGUGUCAUCAGUACAGUUGUCCUCUGAUUGUCACUGAAAAGACAGUGUAACAUCAACAGUCCCAAAUGAGAACAUGUGUUGCUUUCCUCUCCUCCUGGACAAUCUGUUGAUGUUGCAGAGCUGAGUUUGUUUCAUCACGUACAGACAUGAAGCUGCUCAGUACCAGACUGUCUUCACGUUUACUGCAGUUUAAAGAUGAACUCAAACUGAUUCAGUCCUCUCUAUGAAUGUUAACUGAACCUUGACCUUUGACCUGAUCAACCAUUUAUCACUCGGUGCCUCCACAUCAACCUACUUGUCAUCAUCAUCAUCAUCAUCAUCAUCAUCAUCAUCAUCAUCAUCAUCAUCAUAAUUCUCUUUAGGAUUUACUCAGGUCUACUUGUGACUGUCUGAACGGAAUGUGUCUAUUUGAUUGAUUCCUCAAUCUGACAUGAUGAAGUCUUAAAAACGCCUUUUUAUACAUCUCAAUAUGUGACAUAUAACAAACAGUGUUCCUGGUAAAAGUGAGGAGUUUAUCCCCCAAAUAUUUUCUGAUUGAUUGUUUCAGUUUUCUUUUUUAUCUGUUUGUUUCAGUCAUUUAAAACCAGAAAUUCAUCCUUGAUAUAAAACCAGGUUUGAAGGAUCUAAAUGCAGCUUAGUCGAUUAUAGAAAGGUCAAACAGUGAUCCAGUCAACCAGAUGCUUACAGAGACUUGCUAUUAAUUGUGGUGUUUUUUUUUCCUCAGUGGAGUUUUGAUUUCAGCCACUUCUCAUAAGCGUUUACUGAAGAAGACUGAACAGUGAAUAAGAAGAUAAAACAAACUAUGUACAAUACUUUAUUUAAAUAUUAUACUCUCCCUUUACAGGCCAUUGAAUCACCUGUAUGAUCGAUCAAUUUGAGUCCCUCUGUAUUGACACUGGAUUCCUAUUUUUGGUAUGAGUAAAUUUUGAUGUGAGGUCGCUGUUUAAACCUUUUUUUUUCUAUUUCCUGAUUUAGCAGAUCUUUUGCUCUCUGUUUAUGUGUUCAUGAUUUCUUUUGUUUGUGUUUUUUGUUGAGUUAAAACCAUAAAGUUCUAAAGGGGCUCUUAUUUUUUAAAUGUGAAUUUUUACAUCUUUCUUUAUUCAACAGAAUAAAAGUUGUUUUUGGUUUCACUUCGUUGCUUACAAUCUUUUCUUGUUUUUAAUUCUUACAAACAAACAAAACCAAACCACACAAAGGCACCUUUUUUUAAGCAGUUUAUGUCAUAGACAUGAUCAACUUUGAAGUUCACAACCUGAAUCCUAAAGGUAAUUCAGUCCUCAAAUUGCUUUAACUUCCCUAAAAUUUUCUUAAAUUGAUCUUAAAUGAUUUUUUGAUUUCCAGUUGAGUAUUUCAAACACGAUACAAAUUGCUUCUGAUGUUUUUUCACAGCAUUUUCUUUCAUCAAACAUUUCAAGUAAGAACAAUCAGUGUAAACCUACACCCGAGCCCUGGUUGAACGACGUCACUCGUGCAGCCAGGCGUGAGUGCAGGAGGGCGGAGCGCAGGUGGAAAAAUGACAGACUGCACGUGUCUCUUGGCAUCCUUAAAGAUAGUCUGAGGAAUUAUCAGAGGAUUGUAAAAGCCGAGAAGAAUAAAUACUUCUCAGAAUUAAUUGCUUUUAACUGUAACAACCCCAGAGCUCUGUUCAAAACCAUAAACACUGUCCUUGAGGCUCCCAAGUCUCCUGGUUUUGAUUCCUCCACUGAAAUCUGUGAAAAAUUCCUCCACUUCUUCACUGAUAAAAUUAUGUCAACCAGAGCCUGUAUCUCUCAACCUUCAUAUGACCCUUCUGCCCCUCUGCACCCCACAUCUGUCUUUGCCAAAUUUGAGUCUGUGUCCCUCUCUAUUUUAAAGGACAUAGUCGGCCAUAUGAAGCCUUCUGGUUCCCCUGCUGAUGCCAUCCCCCCUCGCUUGUUUAAAGAGGUACCUGCUACUAUUGGACCAAGUGUCCUUAAUAUUGUUAACAGUAGCCUCUCCUCUGGUACAGUACCUAAGGAUUUUAAACAUGCUGUAGUACGGCCUCUACUUAAAAAAACUGGCCUUGACCCAUCCCUCUGUGCCAGUUUCAGACCCAUCUCAAAUCUUCCAUAUCUGUCCAAGAUUUUAGAGAAGGUGGUCUACAAUCAAUUGUUACCAUUUUUGGAAGAUAAUGGUAUCACAGAGUUGUUCCAGUCUGGUUUUAAAGCUCUCCACAGCACAGAGUCAGCACUUUUAAAGGUUUCAAACGAUAUUCUAAUGACAACAGACUCUGGAAAGUUUGUUGUCCUUGUGCUCCUAGAUCUGUCUGCUGCAUUUGACACUGUUGACCAAAGCAUUUUAAUCUCUCGCCUGGAGCACUGUGUGGGUAUUAAGGGUGUUGCCCUGGACUGGUUCCGGUCUUAUUUAAGGGACAGAAGUUUCUGCGUCAAACUUGACAACUCUGCAUCCUCAACAGCUCCCCUCCCACAUGGGGUCCCCCAAGGCUCAAUCCUUGGCCCUCUUUUAUUUGCCUUUUAUUUACUCCCCCUUGGUUCUGUUUUUAGGAAACAUGGCAUCUCCUUUCAUUUUUACGCUGAUGAUUGUCAGAUCUAUUUUCCACUUGCACAGAACAACUCCAACUCAGUCCAGCAACUCACUGACUGUCUUAAGGACAUUAAAGCCUGGCUUUCUUUUAACUUCCUCAGUCUAAAUGAGAACAAGACCGAGGUAAUGAUGUUUGGACCAAGUGGAGGCCACCCCCCCAACAUCGACCUAGGCUCCCUCUCACCCUACCUUAAAGAGGUCGUCACUAACCUGGGAGUUAAGUUUGACCCUGAUUUUAAAUUUGAGAAACAGAUCAGCGGGGUGGUACAAAAAAGUUUUUAUCAGCUACGUCAAAUAGCCAAGGUUAAGCCCAUUUUAUCAAGACCUGACCUGGAAAAAUUAAUCCAUGCUUUUAUAACUACCCGUCUUGACUACUGUAACUCUCUGUAUGUAGGGAUUAGCCAGGCUUCCCUUGCCCGCCUGCAGCUUGUGCAGAACUCUGCUGCACGUCUCCUCACCCAGACCCGCAGGCGUGAGCACAUCACCCCCAUCCUGGCAUCCUUACACUGGCUCCCUGUACGGUACAGAAUUCAUUUUAAGCUUUUAAUAUUUGUUUUUAAAAGCCUGAACAAUCUUGCUCCACCUUACAUUUCUGAAAUGCUCCAGCCUUACUGCCCACCCCGACCCUUAAGAUCAGCCGAUCAGCUGCUACUGACGGUCCCAUAUACAAGGCUGAAGCUCAGAGGGGACAGAGCGUUUGCUGCUGCUGCCCCGAAGCUCUGGAACGAGUUGCCCUUGAAUAUCAGACAGGCCUCCUCAUUUCCUGUUUUUAAAUCCCUUUUAAAGACACACUUUUACUCCUUGGCUUUUGAUACUUUUUAGUGUUACUUUGUUUUUUAUCAUUUUAGCACCUGCCGUGAGCCUGCUUAUUUAUUUACUUAUUUAUCCCCUUGCAUUAAUGUAUUUCUGCUCACUUUAUCUUGCUCUUUGUGUUAUUUGUUUUAUGUACAGCACUUUGACUACCCUUGUGGUUAUUUUAAAAUGUGCUAUAGAAAUAAAGUUGAUUGAUUGAUUGAUUGAUUGAUUACACAUGUACAAACACUUCUAACCAAACAAACACCUGAAAAUUAAGUAGUGAAAUGUGCAUUUAAUAAAAUAAUGCAUUCAUUCAAAAUUAUUCAAUUGCACAAUUAUAAAAAAUGCCCUGAACAGGAGCUUCAGAAAAUAAUUAUGUGUAAUGUGACAUUGCUUUUCUUUUCUAAUUUGUGAUAAGGUCAGUGUUCACAUAUGCAUAAUAAAUUUAACCACAUAAAUAUUAAAGAACACAAACAUUCUUGCUUAAUGCAUGUGAAAUUUCCAGGCUACAGUUAAGAUUUGAUACACGUUUAAAUAGCUGUAGUAAAAUAAAAUGUAGACAGAGGGGAGCAGUGACUGAAACUGUCUCCAACUCUGUAUCAAAAAAGGUGCUCUAACAUCUACCAACUUAACUGCUCAGUAAGGACAGAUUAGAAAAGAUAUUAAAGGGUUUCUCUGUGAAUAAAGAAGAUAUAUUGUCAGAAAUAUUUUGGUGUCUAAGGUGAAGUUUUUAAACAUAGUUUUGAAAAAAAACCAUUAUUGAAACAAAUUACUUUUUUAUUUGACAGGAAGGGAUUUGACAUUUGGUAAGUUUUCAUCACUGAGAGCAUCAUCUUCAUCAUCCACCAGGUUUAUAACUGAGACAUUACACUUCUCAUAUCCAAUGACCUUUGCUUUGAAACAGUCUUCAGACAUCUCUUUAAGAUUUACCCUUACGAGGUGAAAAUUGGGAAUAGAACACGUCUUCUGAGACAACAGAGCGGCGUCACUUCCUGUCGUCAAUGUUUGUGUAAUGACGGGGAGUGUCCGUUAGGUGCCGCUGUACUUCCUCAGACCAGCUACUUUGCGAAACCUGACCUACCUACCCCGAGUCCCCCUUAGUCCUCCCACUUGUCUCCAUCCUCCUCUUUUUCUCGCAACCCCCCUCCUCCCCCUUCACACACACAUGCGCGCACACACUACUUUCUCAGGGGGAAGCGCGCGUUGCCAAAGCAGGCGGAGUCGGAAGCGCGCAGCAGCGUCGGUCCGUCGUGUCUGCGGCUCCGCGGAUUCCUUCGUCUGAGUCUCGGCUGUUGGAUUCUCCAGGAGCGGCUUCUACUCCCAGUCCGCAGACAAGCGUCCGAUCUUCGCUCUUACGGACACUGCGGGCAUCGCUGCGAGAAAAGACCCGGCUCGGCUUGCUUGUUCCUCUUGCAGCUGCGGUGGAAAACCCCGGACGGAGGCCCGCAGUGUGCGCUCAGCCUCCCGCAGGCCUCCGGCCCGGAUUCCCGCUUUUCUCCCGGAAAAUGGACGGAUUCACCGGCAGCCUAGGUGAGUCCCGGCCGCAGCUUGCACCGCCAAGAUAACCCGGUCACCGGUCCGUGCACCAGCGGGAUGUUGAGUGCCGCACGCGCCUCUGACGGCUUUACACGUGUCACUGCUGUAUUUAUCUAAAAAGGUCUGCACCGCCCCUGCGGCGGCUGCAGGGCCUCAAAACUAACAGCUCCGCACGAAGAAAAGGAGAAUUGUUUAGAGUGCGGGACUCUUGACCAAGACAAAAACCUGUAUUUGAAACAUUUGUAGCAUUAGCUUGGGGAUCCAAGAGUCCAGUAGUGUGUGUCUGUCUGUGUGUGCAUGUAUCUGUGUGCGUAGUUGUGAAAGUGCGUGUGUCUUUGUCCUACGGAGGGUUGUAAAACUUUUAGGGGGGUUGAAUAAUGGUGAACAGAUUUUUUUUUUCAAAACUUACACUAUAGUGUGAUUACGGCACUUUGCAUUUGUAUGAAAUAGAUCAGUAUUCCUUAGUGUACAUGCGUAAUUAUGAUUUUAUGCAGACAUAUUGUUUACAGCUUUAUGAAAACCUGCGAACUAUAAUGCAGAACACAGUAACAACUCUACCAUAAAUACUUCUUUCAGGAAGUGUCUUCGUUUCAGGGAUUUAGCAAUGUUUUUUAUUUAUUUUUUUAGGGCUGAUACAGAUACCAAUUAUUAGAAGUUAAUGAGACCAACAAUUAAUGUUUGAAAUGCAAAUGAAAACUGUCAUAAUUCAUCGUUUGGAAGAUUACAAACUUCAACUCAAAACUUUCCUGAAUAUCUUUAGAAAUCUGAAUCUAGGCUGAAACGUGCGACACCAGAACACUGGUGCAUGCUCAGAAUGCUCAGACCAGUUUCUGCUGGAUUGAGUUUAUUCAUGACAGAUUGAUCCUCAACCGCAUUAUUCAGGUAUGCUGGUCCGCCUAUGAGAAGUUUCAUUUCAUGUGAUUUAUGCGGACUAAUGUGUUUCUUUAAAGUACAGUUUCAGUCAGACUAAGGAAAUAAAUCGAUUUUUUUUGGACAACAGGUAAACAGUGAUGAUCCUGUGAUGUUUAGCCAAUCAGGUGUGCUUGUGGACAGGACAAGGUGAGAGAGUUGGGGGUGGACACAGUGGCAGUGGAGUCAAAGUAGUGCGUUUGUUACUUGAUUAGUAAUUUUCUAUGUCAAUGUCGAAGUGAGAGGUUAACACUGAUAUUUGGCCAAAUUCUGAAUGUAGGCCCAGAUGAUCAGCCAAGGCUGACAAAAGGUCUAUCCUCUAAUAACCACUAAUGGAUUUAUUGCUGUGUAUCAGUGUCCCAAAGCAACUUACUAUUUGCUGUAUGAAUGAAAAUUCAAACUGUGACUAACAUAUCACUCUAAUGCUGAGACAAAACUUUUUCAAGUUACACUCAAUUAAUUUCACAUGGUUAAACACAAGAUCACAGAGUUACCUGGAAAAAAAAUAAAGUCAAAUUGGUUUGCUGAGUGUGAAAAACAUUAGCAAAGCUAGCACCACCAGCUUUUGGUCCUUCGGCAGGUGAACACUCUCAUGUAGGUGGGAUGACAACUAACAAGGGUGUAGAUGAUAAAUCAUUUAGUCAACUACUAUUUUGUGUGUUGACUCUCUGUAGUUUAUUACAUUAUUGAAUUUCCCCUCAGGGAUGAUUGAAGUUCUCUUUAUCUUGUCUUAUUUUAGUUUGAGGCUGGAUUGUGGGUCCAUUAGAGAGGAAUUAUGAAACUGUAGCUUCAUUAACUGAGAGACAGAUCCUCCAGCAUUCCAAAGAAUUUGACAACACAGUAAACCAUACCCUCUGAUACUCUUAUAACAUGGCAGACACAAAGGAAUAAAUAUUCUACUUCAAAUCUGCAGGUUUGGUGAUGAACAUGUUCAUGCUUGUAGGGCGACUGGCCAACUCUGCAGAAAACUUGCCGCGUGUGGCCAAAUUUGCAAGGCGAAACAAGUUCAGUUGAAUUUACAUGAAUUCUCUUAGGUUGCAACUCUCAACUUUCCUGACUGUUUCCCUUUAUACUACAACUUCUUUUUUUCCGUUUGAAACAAAGGGUUCAACAGAUUUUUACUUUUUGUGAACAAGAACUCUGAUAUCAGAUAAGGACAGUCUUCAACAGGGCAUAAAAAUGAUCACUCAGUAUGCAAAGUCUGUUUUCUUCGGCCUGUGGACGCAUGGUGAGGUUACUGCUGUCACUGGUAAUGUUAGCUGUAUUAUAGAGGCAGACAUUCAGCCAGACAGAAUGGCCCUUUUAGGUGAGAUCCCUUCAGAGACCAAGAAGCUAGGUAGAGCCGCAACUCUUAGCCAAUACACCCUGUCAUUGGUAAUGAGGCCAUGAUGGUAGACUUUGAUAGCUAUCAGCUAUAGUGACAGAAACACUCGGUCUCAGUUAAAUGGCACCCAUGGGGCAAAAAAAAAAAAAAAGAACAGAAAAGGAAAUGUCAAAAAAUACUGUGCUUGAGGGGCCUCUUGGAACUGGCUCCCCCUUAGGCGCCACAUGAAAAACUUUGACUUGACAUCAGAAACCCAAUUUUACAGGCUCUAACAAACUACAGUUUUACCUUGCAAGCCUUAUUAUUACAUUAUUCACAACUGUGCAAGACUGAUUUUGGUACAGUCUUCUUUUUCAUUCAUUCAGGCCUAAAAUUACAGAUAAUGAAACACAGAGUCACUUUGACAAAAGGGGGGAGCCACUGGAUGUCUGGGAAGAACCACCUCAGCUUAUCCACAGGCUUAACUCUUUCCUGUUUGUGUUUUUGCUGCCUGCUGCACAGAAUUUUCGUGCAAGUAGGUGAUCAAAAGCUUGCUGAACAACAAGCCUUUUUGUUACUGUUGCUGUUUCUUAGCAGGUAUGAGUGUCUGCCCUCACUGUGUCUGGUUUGAUAGUUUCUCCAGUGGUUUCCAGAGAUGACUUUGUCUGUGGCAGCCUGCUCACAGGAGUUAAGACUCCUGUUUGCUUUUUCUCAUGGACUGUGGUGAAAUGAUUGAAGUUACUCACUGUGUGGAAACUUCACACAGCUGUGUUUCAGCAACUACCCUAACAGAACAUCACUCUGAAGGAAACGCAAUGGUUGAACCCGGCUAAUUAUCUGAUUACAUACAUAAACCUUUGCAAACCCCUCACUCACUCUUUUCCACCCCACCCCCUCACCCAAAUAAUAAAUCCUCCUAAUUCAGACUAGAAGUUCUCCAGGUUCAGACCAGAGGCUCUCUGUUGGUCAGGCUCAGGGACCUCUAAAGUUAUUAACUUAAAUGUUUCAAGUUCAACCCGACAAGUUCAGACCAAAGAUUCUUCCCAGUUUAGAUCAGAAAUUCUCAUACUAGUUCAGACUUGAGAUUCUCCUCUCAUUUCACACCAGAGACCCUUCAAGUGAAGAACAGAAACACCAGACACCAGUUCACACCAGAUUUUCCUCCCAGAGAAUUUCCUUUCAGUUUGAUAUAGAGCAAGAUGUUUCAAUUUGCAGCUUUUAGACCCAUGAAAUCUUUUUAGAUAUCUGGGAACAUUGGAGAGCUUCAUAAGCACUUGUGCCUGGAUGUCAGGAACAGAUAAGAAGAAUGUGUUUUUAAAGUUAUAUGAAAUAAUCUUGUUUGUAAACAUGAUGAUAUACAGUAAACCUCAACACCAACCAGUCAACCCUAUAUUAUCUAUCCAUGUUUCUGUGCUGAACACUGUUCAUCCACUUAGCCAUGGCCUGGCACCUUAUCAAGGCAGAGUUCAGUUUUCGAGCAUGUUCAAAACAAACACAGUUGACCACAGUGCUGUUAGACCAGAGUGGAUUUUAAAUAUGACAAACCAAACAUGGCUUUAAAGAACAAUAACAACACUUCAAACAAAGCCAAUGAUAAUAAUCAUAAUAAAAAUAAUACAUUUUAUUUAUAGGCACCUUUUACGACACUCAAGGACACUUUACAGAUAAAUAAAAAAAGACAACCCUUGUGUAACGCUGUGGCUAAAAUCAGCCACUAGGGGCAAAAUUUUGCCACUAAUUUCCACGUAACUUUUUUUUUACUGCAGCAAAUGAUGAUGAUGAUUUUUUGUGCAGAUGCUUAUAUUGAUUGACACUUUGAGAAUAUGACUUCAAAAUUUUCACCAGGUCAAAUAUACGCGCUGGACAAACUUUCAUCCGUUGUUAACGCUCAGUGGCUAAAAAAAGCCACUAACUUUGACAGCUGUAAAAACAUAUUGGGUUAAUAUUUUUUCCAGUUUUUUUCAUAUAUCUCUUAAUUAACUUCUGCUUUGAUCAAAACUAGUAAAUGUUUUAUCAAAAACAUUUUUUAACCCUUUGUCCAUUUAAAACAUAAUGUCACUGAUAUGGUAGAAAAUAAAUUUAAUAAAAAUCAGUCAUUUUCCUCCCAUUUUUUUCUCAAUAUUAGUGACUUUAUGUUUUAAAUGGGUCCUUUUGAAAGGGUUAAAAUUUGGAUUCUUAAUGAAACAUUUACGAGUUGAAUAGAGCAGAAGUGAAUUAAGCGAUAUAUGAAAAAAAGUCUGGAAAAAAUGUGAAUCCAAUAUGUUUUUACAGCAGUCAAUGUCAGUGGCUGUUUUUAGCCACUGAGUGUUAAGAAAUGAUGUAAAUCUAAGGUUUACACAAGGGUUAAGAAACAUGAACGCAUCAAAAAACUGUAAAAUCUAGACUCCGCAGCAGGCAGAGCAACAAUAAUCAGUUUGAGUAGACCUGUGUAAUUUAGUGUGUUUUAAGGCAGGAUUUGAAAAUGGGCAAUAAGUCAAUGUUCCUAAUGUCAGGGGCAAUAAAAUCACAGGAUGUCAAACUGAACUGAUAGAAGGGCUGCUGUAAGGGGCUAGAGGGUCAAGAACACCAUCAGUGCCAUCCUUCAGAGAGCAAAUCCUCUCCCUAACAGUCUUUUAACUAGGUUGUGGGGUUUAUUGACCAAUCACAGCCUUGAAAAGUUUCCUGCCUGCCUGCCUGGAUGGAUGGAUAGAUGGAUGGAUAGAUAGAUAGAUAGAUGCUUUAUUAUUUCUAGAUGAUCUGUUAAAAUGUGCUGUAUGAAACCUUCUGUUUUAUCAGUGGUUUUAUGACAGCACAGCACAUAUAAGAAAAGCAAAACUAAAGAUAUUAUACCAUUCUCUAACGAUAUAGGGAUACUGAGAUGUAGUGUGUCCACCUUCCACAGAUGACAGUAUGUCUGGAGCGAGUGUUUCUGAUGUCAACGACCGUCUUUCUGCUCUGGAGCUUCGAGUCCAGCAGCAGGAAGAUGAGUUGACGGUGAUGAAAGCUGCUCUUGCUGACGUCCUUCGCCGCCUCUCUGCCUCUGAGGUGUCUGCCUCCUCUUCAUCCAAGAAACAACAUGGAGGGAAAGGUAGGAUUUUUUUAGUUCUUUGCAGCCGGUCCAGGAGUACAUAAUCCAUCCUUCCUUGAAGUGUUUUUUCAUCACAGCAGAUCAUCAUGUAUUGCUGUUUUUUCACAGUUGACUUUAUAACUUAAAAAAGUUCCAAAGAAGUUGAACUGUUGAACUGCUCAUGGUAAACAUUAACAGCGGUGUGCUGCUCCUCAGGUGGAGCUGCUAUGCGGGAAGCCUACUCCAUGUCCUGCAUCGCUAAUGGAGGAAAUUCUGGAAGAAAGAGAGACUCCACCUCUGUCACCAGGAAGGAGACUGUGUCAUCGGCCGCUAAGAGGUUAAACACACACACAAACAGAUGCACACUGUUAAUUUAAAGGGUUCUUCCUGUCAGUUUUUCUCCCCUUUCCUCCGUCAACUGUCAUUGAUUUUUUUCUCCACACCUUGAUUUCAGCCUCCAGAAUGUCUCCAGACAAGAUCUGAUAAAUGUUCAUGAUUCAGUUAAACUCGAAUUUCUCUACAAACCAGGUUUUUGGUCAGCAGCCUGAAAACCACUAACACUGUCGAAUGAGUUAUAACUUGUCUCGCAUGUAGAGGAAAAUCAGGGGGAUCAGUAGACCUACAGUAGCGACCGUAGAGUGGGUUUUGUUUUGGCCUCACACAAUCCUGGUUUUGUUCACAGUGAAGCAGACAGGAAGGAGGAGGUCAACAGCCAGACGUCUCAGAUGGAUUUUGGUGGUUUGGGUCACUGCAGUAAAAAUGGUAGAAUCAGUAGAAGUAAAGUAGAAACAGUAGAAACAGUAGAUGAAAACUAGUAGAAAAAGUGCACUCAGUGGUUUUUGGUGUCAUAUGGUCCUGGUUUCAUCCACAGUGGAACGGAUAAGAAGAAGGAGAGCAGCAACCAGCGAUCUCAGAUGGAGGAGAUCCAGGAACGUGAGGAGCCUCCUCGCCUAAAGAAUUCAUCCCCCUCUCCCUCUCCCCCUUCCCCCCACCCUCCCCAGACCCCUGUGAAUCCCCAGCCGCAGAGGACAGCCCAGUGUGCUGACACCAGUAAAGGCCACACUCCUCCCAAAAGGUUUUACUUUGUAAUCUGUCAGCUGGCUCUAACCCCCCUUUUUGCUGACGCUGCUCUGACAACUCUGCCUUUGGUUACUAACCCCUCUCCUGAGGAGCUGCAGUUCUCCCCUGCUUUGCUAACACCUGAUCAGCCCAUCAGGGCACACAGAGGUCCCCCUGAUGUCCUAACUCAACUCAGCUUAUCUGGUUUGGGCAGAAAGAAAAUCAACUGGCAGGACUGUGGCUCCUCAGUCGGAGGCCUAGAUGACUUUGAGAACUUUUCGGUGUCUCCUGAAACCCCUGUCACUUUCUAAAGUCUCAUCAGAACUCUGAAGAUCUGAGAGUCUUCUAGCAAUCUAAAAGCCUUUGUCAGUCAACAGGCAUCCUAGACAUCUGAGGAGACUCCUGGGGACCCUUGGUUCUCAUAAGAUCCAGAAGAGAUAAUUGAAGGGUCAGAAAAUCUCGGGUAACUCUCUAUGGUUCCUAAAGUCUCCUCUGAGCCCUCUGGAGGUCCAGGAGUCUUCUCAAAUCUCUUGAAGACCAUAGUGUGUCCGUAAACCACAGGAUGUUUAAAUGUUGCUGGUUGAAAGCUCAGAAGUGGCUUUGUGUGUGUGUGUGUGUGUGUGUGUGUGUGUGUGUGUGUGUGUGUGUGUGUGUGUGUGUGUGUGUGUGUGUGUGUGUGUGUGUGUGUGUGUGUGUGUGUGUGUGUGUGUGUGUGUGUGUGUGUGUGCAUGUGUGUGUACAUGUUUUGUUUAACUUUCCAGUGCCCUUUAUGAAUCUGCUCCUCUGAACUGAACCUCCUCUUUUCUAACUGCAAAUAGCUGAGGCCUCCAGGAGAUCACAGAGUCUCCCCAGGCCCUCUUGACUCCUUUUCUAACAGAUAGAAAGCUAUGGCUGGCCUGCAAGUGGUUUUAACACCUAACAUUUUCUUCUCCCAGCUUCACCUGAGGAUCCUGCCAUUUUUCUUUUCCCUCUUCCACCUGUCUUUUCUGUCUUCCUUUUCCUUGUGCAGGCCUCUUGCAGUCUUGGGCCUCAUUUUCUAACUUGCUCCAGCCCACUUAAAUCUUCCUGGGUCAUGUGUUGAACUCCUGCUGCUGUAUUUUUGGAGGAUGAAAACAAGUCACUGAGUCUUAAAUGUUCGGCAUGGCAGACUGAAUUUGCAUCCUUCAGAACCGAACAGUAUCUCAAGAUUGAUAACCAAGUGUUUUAGAGACAUUUGUUGACAACUUCUACAGACUGAUAAUCCGGGGUUUUGACGCAAUCAGCCAGCAGCAUGUUAAGCUACAGCAGUUUAUUGGCACCGUUAUCUUUGACUGAUGGUCAGAUCUUACUGAUUCUGCUCGUCAACCACACUGGCUGUGCUCUGCCAUUCUUCCUGUUUGGCAGCAGGCAUGUGCACCACCAUCACAUGACAAACCCUGACACAGACAAAUGGCUGAUUGAGCUGCAUAAUGGUCUUAUUUUGAUGCAUCUGAACAUAAUUUCAUCAGACUGCUCGGUGGUUAGGUCUGAUUGAGUUAAGGUCCUAGUGGUCAGCUCUGAGAUACUCAAUAUUAAUUUGUUUGUUAGCCUGAAACUCAAUGUGAAAAAUUUGACUUUUACUUACCUAUAUGUAAAUGCUUGGGAUGUUUGUUCUUAUGAGGCUAUCAAGUUUUUUUGUAUAGCACCAUUCAUACACAUGGCAAUUCAAGGUGCAAGGUGUAGAUGCAAGAAAAUAUAUAAAAAAUAAAAAGAUUUAGGUUGCAAGAGCCCAUUGGAACCCCAGGGAUUAGUGUUGUUAUGCUUUCUGCUAAAACAUUGGCUUUUUUGGAGACCUAAACAUACAUGAUAACUCACACGUCAGGUAUGCAUGGAAUUAGUGCAAUUUAAUGGUUUUGCAAAGAAAUUCAGAAAAGUUAUGCUCAGUAGCAACCCCUAAAGUUUUCAAAACCCCUCCCCACAUCGGGUUUUUUUGUCUACAUGCAUGAAAUUCACAGGGUAUGUGUACAGUACUUUGCCAAGAUCUACAAGAAAGUCUCUUGCACCUAAACCCAACAGGGAGUCAGAAAUUUUGAGCAGAAAGUCAAAGUUUUAGUGACCAUCAGGGUGUCUAUUUAAACAAACUCAUCUCAGAAAGUUUUAUCCUAUCAACUCUAAGUCUUUACAGUGUGUCAUGGCUGGACUGAAGAUUAAAAGCUGCUCAAAGCUCUUGAUCUCGUUGAUAGGUGAGGCUGUGGCAAGCCCUCAAAAAAGUCAUUUUUUCAUGAAACAGGAAGUAGUUUUUAUCUCAGCCAGUCUUGUUGCAAUCUGACCCAAAUGCACCACACAUAACCAGGGUCCAGGCCUUAAGCAUUCACAAGGUAUUUCAUCCCAGUUAGAGCACCCCCUAGUGGCAUCAGGAAAGGUUAUAUGACUGAGGGUCCCUGCAUCAUCUUUUGUUUGGGAUAAUCUGACAUGUUGGUCUUUGUGUGUGCUAAAAACCGAGUUCUUGCCAGAGGCCGUGGUCAGUAGCCUACAGUGCCGCGACUUUUGGUUUUGAUAUAAUUCUUGCCACUAACUUUUGAACUACUUUAGUUCAGCUCUACAUCUACAUACCUGCACCAUAUUUCCUGUGUUUAUAAGGGGUCUCAACCCUAACACAGCCAUAACAGAGCCUUGACAGAGCCUUGACACGUGCAGUAUGGGUGUGGUUGGUGGAUGUGGCCAAAAACCACACCCACAUUUUUUUAUAAAUCCUGUUUCCCAUAAAUGCUUUUCAUAACAGUAUUUUUUAAGCAAACUAACGCUUGCCCUGCCACAAUGUCCACCAAACCCUAACCUGCACGGAGGUUGGGGGCCCGUUUAUCCCUUUUGGAAGCUUUAAUUUAUGUAGAAAUUGUAAAAACAAGGCUGUCUCUUCAGCUGCUUCGCUGACACCUACCCCCCACACCACUUUCAGGCAUUAAAAUGAGGAAAUAAAAAUGGUCUGUCUUGUUGCUGAUGGUCUUGUUUGCUUUUAAGAUAUUAUUAAAAGAGAAUUUCAGUCUGUUUCAUUAACAUCAACAACCUCCUGACAGGAGCAUCAAGUAUCAAUCAAAAGCAUAACUUAAAAAUGAGUGUGGUCUAGACCUGCUCUUUUUUUUUGGAAAGCGUCUUGGGAUGACGACUUGUGAUUUGGCACUAUAUAAAUAAAAUUUGAUUUGAUUUGAUUUUUGAAAACACUCGUUAGGGACUCAGCCUGAAACUGAAACCAUUUUAAGCAUUUUCUAAAUAUCAGUGACUUUUUCUUCCUCCUCCACCACUGUUAUCUUCUACCUGAGGUUACAGCAUUAUUGUGACCGCCUGUGUGUGUGUGUGUGUGUGUGUGUCUGUGUGUCUGUCUGUCUGUCUGUCUGUCUGUCUGUUUUUUAGGGGACCUAGUGUGAAGAGGUCCUCAGGUAUGGAGCGCUCUCAAAGCAGCACCUGGGACACCUCGGAGGAAACCAGGAACAAACUGGUGAAAGCUGCAUCCACCUCCAAACUGCUAACUAAAGUGGUCAAGAAUGCAGAGAGGUAAAACGUACUGCAGACAUAGUCAGUAGUUCAAUCCAAGCUCCUGCUGUCCACCACUAGGUGUUUUUUACUUCUUGUAAAGAAGUGGUUAUGGAGAUACAAGGCCUGCCUGACAGCAGGGAUGGGAAGUUGAGCCCUACAAUGCUCCAGGUGGCUCAGCUCAUGUGAAUGUGUGUCAGUUCGAUGAGCUAAAAUUGAUUGGAACUUAACCUUAAUUCCUCUACCAUCAGUGUGUCGAUUUGGGUGGGUGAGCACUGCAUCAGUCCAAUACAUUUUUUAUCUAUCAGACAGAUGAUUGAUUCUGUUGGACAUUUUCAGUUUACUCUGUUGACACUUUUGAAGGAACUAUUGUAUGUGGGCUUAUUUUAAUCUGUUUACACACAUGCAGAAUAAGGUAUAUACGUAUGAUCAUACACCACAUAGACUCAUUAUGAACAUACUGCAAACUGAAUCCCUGACCGCUUUAAAAUAAAAGAAGUAAAAAACUUUCCCAUCCGUUCUGGAGGGGGGUCCUCCAUUAAGAAUAUUUCAAGAAACGUUUAUCCUGGUUUCUAGAGGGUGAUUUGUUGUUUCACAGCAUGUAACAAGACUGGUGUAAAAGUAGAAUAUAAUGUUGGCAAGUAUGUUUGAAUGAGUGUAAAACCACCUCAUGUAUAGAAAAUUGGUUUUGUCAAUUUAAAAUAAGUCUUUCUGGCUUUUACAAGAGUGCGUCCUCUUCCACAAAGGACUCACUACCAAGUUAUUGUCAGUGUUUUCAACAAGUAGAUGCCACUGAUUUAGUCCUUUACGUCAUUAUUCAGCAGAUGUUGUUGCUUUCAGUUUGAUGUUAUCUGGUGUUGACAUCUUCUUAACCAUUGCUGAGAGAUCCAUUACAUUUCACUACAACAGUUGUCCUUAGCUGCUAGAUAGAUAAUUGAAGGCAACUACGCAGUGGUAUGACUCGCUCACACUGACAAGUCACCUGUUUGCAAUGUAAUGCAAAUCCAUCUUCAGUAAUAUAAUUAAUAUGACAACAGUGUAAAUAGAUAACUCAUUGGUUUAAGAAGAAGAUGUCUCGCUGCUAAGUGAAUAAAUACCAGUUCUUUAGUACUGUUUCACUAAAGCCUCCAUGUAUCCUCAAUGAUGUAGUCUCUCAUAACUUAUCUUCAGUGAGCCGUUAUCAGACCAUGUUCCUUCAGUGAGCUGAUACUGGAGGAUGUGUGUUUAUCUUUACACUACAUGUCACACUUGUGCACUGAUGGCAGAGGAUGCUGUGAAAAGCAACCAUGUGUAUCAACUAAUCCCAUUUAUGGCAUGAGCACACCCCUGUCUAGGUCGCUCCCAGGACUCAGUGUCUUACCCAACCAUCUGGUGGGGAGUUGACUGAUUCUUUUGAGCCUGAUUUGACUUUUACAGUAAUUUUUGACUUUCCUAUCGAACUAGUCAUUUUAUCUUCUGUUCUCUUUCAGACACAAAGACCCGGUAGUUAGUCAAGGUAAGCAUUCACUUUCCCUCUCUAUCUGGAAAGCACCACAGUUUCCACAGCUAUUAUCAUGAUCAUCAUCAUCAUGUGUGAGAGCCAAAAAAAAGCGGCCACUCACACUGCCUCUCAGACCUGUCUCAGUUUGUACUCCUGUUUUUCAAAAUGAAUGUAGUCCUGUCAUGUCUCAGAGUGUGAUAAUGAUGAUGAUGAUGAUAACGAUGGUGACAGUGGUGACAGUAGUGAUGUCAUGGUGGCUCAGAGAUCUGAUAAGUGUGAAAAUCACCAUGGGGACAGGGAUACCAGCAGAGAUGAAAGGUUUAAAUUCUGGUGAUAUGCACAAUAAUGACAAAAAUAUCUAGAUUUUAUUCACUUUAGAUCAUAUUUUUUAUUGCAUUCUACCUGCUGCUUCUUAUUUCAUCAAAGUUUUGUGUUUUUUAUUUCACUUCAAAUAUAUUUUAGUUUUAUUUCAUCCAUUUCAUUACUAUUAUUUCACUCAUUGAUGUUUACAACAAUUGUGAAUCUUUGUGGUUUGUUGACGCCAGACUCAAUACAGGUCCAAACACUUUUAAUAAACUGACAGAAACAGAUUUUUAUUUUCACUGUAUAUCUGAUGGUGCAAAGUGCAAAGACACAUCAAAUAUUAAAACAGAAACUUGCUUUUGUUUUAUGAAGGAUGUAUGCUCAUUGAAAAUUUGGUGCCAGUAAGUAACAGGUUGCAAAAUAGUUAGGACAGGGAUGUGUAUAACAGUGAGUUCAUCAUCACCUUUUUUUGACAUGUGAAAUGUUGUCCCAGUCUUGCCAGAUAGAGGAUUUUAGUUGUUAAACAGUUCAGGGUUUCUUUGUCAUGUUUUUGAGUCAUGAUGCUCCAAAUGUUUUCAGUUGGUGACAAGUUUGUAGGGAGCUCACUUGAGCACCAGAACUUUUCCACUGCAGAGCCGUGCUAUUGUAAUAUGUGCAGAAUUUGCGUACCCUCCUUUUCAGAGCAGAGGAUGUGACAUCCAGAAGUAAUGUUUAGGUCUGUCAGACAAGAGGACAGUUUUCCACCUGGCAACAGUCCAUCUUUAGUGGGCACAGGCUCAGAGAAGUUGCUGAUGUUUUGCAAUUGUGCAAUAGAGUUUUAGUCUGCAUUUGUACAAUUUCUGGAAGAGAUUCUGAGCCCAUGCAAUGAUUUCCACUGCAGAGUCAUGUCUGCCACCUUAGUUGGUGUUGGUUUUCAGCCUCAUCACUUUUAAAUAGAGAUUUGUACGGAGAUUUCCCCUGAUUCUGUGUUUCACUAAACAUAAUCAUGUGCUAUGGUUGAAGAAUUUCCCAAAUAUUUUGCCAUUUUAUUUUUUUCUGAAAUUGUUAAACCAUGUGUGCUCACAGUCUCUCACAGGAUGUGGAACUUUGUCUUAUCUUUACUCCUGAGAGGGUAAGCCUUUUAUAUUCCCAAGUCAUGUCCCUAAGGAAGAUUAACAUAAACCUUGAAGAUGGUGAUUCUUUUGUAGGGUUUUGGUGAUUUUGGUCCUUCUGGCAAUGUAAAAUGAGCAUAUGUGUAUCCUAAACCAAAAACAUUUCUCAGUUUUGACAUUUGAUAUGUUAUCUCUGAACUAUUUUGAAUGAAUUAAAGAGCGGAAGUGAUUCACAAACUAAAAACUCAAAAUGCUUUUAUUACCAAACACACAGCGAUCCAACUUUUUUGGAAUUGGGGUUUUACAACUGAGUAAUUUUCAGCUUUAUGAAGUCAUUAACUAUUACUGAUGUUGGACUGAAGACAGAAGACACAACAAAGACAGAAAGAGUUUAUCUUCCACUUCAUGGUCUCAGGCUGGUGUUCCAUCAAGGCUGAUUAAGGAAAAGCCAGAUCAUUUUGAUGGAUUUUGUCGUCCAAUUAGAUUUAGAUUCCAUCCGUGUGGCUUGUAUGUCCUUCUGCUCAGUAGACACAAAAAUGCAAACCGCAGAAGCAGCCUGCUCUCACUGCCAAGCUCAGGGAAACUGUGACCAAGAUGUCUGGUGGGCAGAAACAGACUCCCAACAGAAGGUUCUCUGGAAGCGAAACUAAAAAUCCUUUUCUAAUCACUUAGUAAACUGCCCCACUGAAAAGUCAUCUAAUGAAUAGAUCAUACAAAAGUUCAUGGGUCAUAAAAAGUAAAGAGUGUAUGAGAUUUAAUGAUUAAAUACUUCAAGUUAAUCCUUUAAAUGUUGGAUAUUUAAUUUCAGCUGCUGCAACUUUACAUUUUUGAUAACUUCUCAACCUUGUACAGUUUACAGGAUGGCCUCAAAGGUCAACAGCACAGACAUUUCAAGAAUGCAGAAUACAAUUCACCCAAAGCAAAAAUAUUUCAUUGGACAAAGACGUUAAACAAGCCAUAAUAUUUGAUACAAUUCAUGAACAAAAAUUUUCAAUGAAAUAUUUAAAAAAGAGUUGAAAGAAAAACUUUUUCACAAGACAAAAUUAGUUUCUCCUGAAUUUUUUUUUCUGGGCUUUCCAAUAUUUAGCAGUUUUGUACAAUAUUUUAAUGUUAUUUAAAACAUUUUAAACACGUUUUUAACCACUUUUUGUUUUGUGAAAUAUUUGAUUUGAAGUUUUUAAAAAGUAUGAAUUUUGUGAAAUAUUUUUUCUUUUCGGUCAAAUAUGUGUUUUGCGUUUUUAUUUAUGUUGUAUUUGGUUUCCUACAUUACUUCAAUUAAAUUUUUAUUUAUUUUUGUUUGGGUCAUGAAAUGUUUGUGCAGUUGACCUCUCGGGCCACUGUAGUUGACCACAGCUGCCACAGCUGGAAACAGUAGGAACUGUCUAAGUUAACAUUUACAGAUGAAAUUAACUCUCCUCAUCUCUAUGCUCCUCCAUCCCAGUAUUGUUGUUUUUAUUGUUUGGUUGUUUUUGUUUGUGCUGUUGAGGUAUUGUUCUGUUUUGGUUAUUUGUGUUGUUUGUUUCUUCUUGUUUGUAUUUUUGCUUGUUAAUUUAUUAUAUUGCUGUCGUAAUUUUCUUUUGUUUGUGUUGUCUGUGUUGUUGAGUGAUGAUGUCUUUGUCUCAAACCAGCUAAAAUGUCAACACGAGAGAAAAACAGCCAAGCUGGUAAGUCCUGAUGCGUGUCAGAGCAAGCUUGCAGGCUAACAACAGGCUGGUAACAAGCUAAUAACAAGCUAACAACAGGCUGGAAGCCGCUGACUGCCUGCUGUUUCUGCUCUGAACCAAUCUCAUCUCUCUGUCUCUCUCUGCUUUACAUCGUCGGCCUCGCUCACUCAGCCGCUCUAGCUCUCCUUCAGACUGAUCAGGUGAUGUCACACCUGAUUUUGGCUCCGCCCCCUGCUCUCCUUUACCUCCAUAUAAAGCUGAACAGAUGCUUCCUUAAAAUGCAUUUAAGGCUUAAGCAAAGAUACAAACAGACGGCCCACCCACCGUGUUAUUAAAUGUAAAUCCUGUGAUUGGACACUGCUGUCACGCUUACAUUGAUUGACAGGUUAUUUAUUAUGAAACGUCAUUAAACUGUCAUGUUUGUAUCCUUUCACGGAGGUAAACAAAGACAGGGCAGGUGUUUCUGACUGAUCUGCCCAAACUGCUUUACUUGCCUCACCUGAAUGUCAUCAGUGCUGCCUUACCAGCCCCUCCCUAUCCUUUAACCUGCCCUUCACUUAUCCCUCACCUGGUUUUUCACCUGUCCUUUAACUGCUCCUUAUUGGUCCUGUUCUUGCCCCUCACCUUUUCCACACCUCUCUGUUGACUGAUGUUGGAUAUUUUUCGAUCCAUGUUUUAGUUUGAUUCACUUUCUAAAACCCUGAUCUAAGUUACUUUUGAUCAGGCUAGACCUUUAAUGUUACGUUGUCUGACAAAGUUUGCCUGUUGGACACCACCUGAUUUGUUAUUUCUGUUUGUCAAUGUAUAAUUAAGUAAAUAAUGUCUUCAGAUAUUUCAAAAUAGAGUGUUAAUUAUGAGGGGUUUGGUUGAAAGUAGCUGUCAGGAACUGAUUUCUUUGGCAUGUAGAUCAAAGAGUUCUCACUGAAUCUUUAUUCAUCAACAUGUUUUCACCUGCGUCUGUUUAUUUGCAGAGGGAAACAACAUAAAGAUGUUCAUGCGUGGUCGACCAAUCACCAUGUUCAUCCCUUCAGAUGUGGAGAACUACGAGGAUGUUAGGACAGAACUUCCCCCAGAGAGACUCAAGCUGGAGUGGGUGUAUCCUCAUUCUGGACAAACACACUGCCUCUCUGCAUUAUGGAGCUCUCAUAGUGUCAGUCAUGAUUUAUUCCUACAGAAUACGAAACAUUGUACCUUUAGUGAAAACAAAUUAAGCUGUGAAAUGGUUCAGCUUCAUCAGAGAUUUAACAGAUUACUGAACCAGCAACCAGAUGAACAGAAAACCCAUUCAAGUGUCAACCAAUGUUGGUUUUUAAGGUCCAGUGCUGAUGCCAAUAAUUAGUAGUCCAUUAAGCUAAUAACUGGUAUUUUAAGCUGACGUGUCGAAAGUAAAAGUGUGAAACUUUCUGCUUAAAUUUAGAAUGUUAAUGACAACAAAAACUUUGUUUAAAAACCUCUAGCAAAUAUUUAUUCAUAACUGAAACUCUUAACAUCAUUACUGGAAUUAACAGUCAACCAGUUACACAACAGGACAAUAGGGUCACAGGGUCAUCUAACUUGUAGGCAGCCAAAGAGAUGGUGUUUUGGGCAGGACAUUAGGAAGAGUGAAAGAGCCAAUACAGGUAAUCAGCCAAAUUGGAGAGUCGGUCUACCCCUAACAUGAAGUCCUCUUAGCUAUGAGAUCUUGUUGUCACAUUUAAAGACCAGGGCUGUCAAAGUAUCAGAUCUCUGCCUCACAGUUUCUGUGGCUAAAGUAAAUUCAUGAUAAGGAUGUCAGGAAAGAAAGCUAUCCAGAUUUGGUGCGAAUAGAUCCAGUUUUUCCAUCUGGAGCGCAGUUAUCACCUGGACAUCCCUGCAGAUCUUAAGCAGACUCCCUUUACUGUUGGUCUUUAGAGCCGUGGUGAUAUCAGGGACAUCUUAGUGGAUCAUUAAUUGGCCUCAUAUAUAUUAAUGCAUUUUUGUAGUUUAGGAAAUUCUAUACCAAAGGAACAGGCUGUUAGACAGUGAGGUGAAAGUUUACAGUUUAAAUGAAAUGUUGUUAGUGUGUGGGACCAUUUCUGCUGUCCAUAUCUUCCAUGUCAGUACUCCGGCCAACUCUCCUAACAGGGACCAUGUCGACUAUCCACUCUAUGUAGUACACAAACUUAAAACCCCAAACCAUCUGCAGUAGAUCUUUAGAUUUAUCAAGGUGUUUUCCAGAUGUUUCCAGAUUCUUCCUUGACUGCCUGCAGUUAUGGUUACCGUGGCAGAGACUGCAGAGCUAACGUCUACCUCCUUCCAACUGGAGAGAUUGUUUACUUCAUAGCCUCCGUUGUUGUUCUGUUUAACUACGAAGAACGAACUCAGAGACAUUACCUCGGACACACAGACUGUGUCAAGUGGUGAGGAAACACACACACACACACACAGACUGUCUGCUGCUCCCUGGCUAAUAUGUGAUGACAAGUCUGACAUCAUCUUUUGUCUUCACCUUUCAGUCUAGCCAUCCAUCCUGAUAAGAUCCGGAUUGCCACAGGACAGAUUGCAGGAGUGGACAAAGAUGGACGGGUGAGGACAGGACUACUAUGUGUCUUUAUUUUUUCACACAUUAAAGAUAAAGAGACCUCAUUAAACAAGGACAGUGUGAAGCUUUUUUUAUGAUCUAACAGUGAGUGAAAGUGUGUCUAGAUAAAGCCUUGAGUUGCUUUUCUUAGGCGCUGCAGCCUCAUGUUCGGAUCUGGGACAGCGUCAGUCUAUCAACUCUCCAGGUUGUUGGUUUGGGAACAUUUGAGCGAGGAGUCGGCUCCCUGGCUUUCUCUAAAGCUGUGAGUACCACCCAGGUGCAUCUUGGGAACUGUAGCCUAUGUACACCACACUGCUCAGUCAAGCACUGCUGUACUGUGCAUCCAGACAUCAUUUAAUACUCAGACUAACAGUGUUACAUGCCCUCUGAUCAUGACAUGUACACGGUUUCACAUCAUCUCACAACUUGUGUUUACCCCUCCACUCCUCCUCACACUAAAUCCCUCCUGUCUCUCACCAUGACCUCAUCUGAUCAUCAGAUCUGUCCCCAGCAUGUCCCUGUUUUCCAUCAUGUCUCAAAUCCUUUUCUUAUAUUGUGUCCUGAAUGUCCGUCCCUCUCAGGACUCCGGCCAGCACCUAAGUGUCAUUGACGACUGUAACGAUCAUAUGUUGACAGUGUGGGAUUGGCAGAAAAAGUCAAAGAUUGCCGAGAUCAAGGUGAGCACUCUGCACUCAAAACAAUAACCUGCUUGUCAUUGCAAAGUUAUUUAAAAUUGUGUUGAACUUUUCUAAAAUCUACCCACUGUACUUCAUGGAUUCACAAUACCCGUGUCUGCAGCAUAUUUCUCCAAAAUCAAGAUGAUUUCUUCAAUCGCCAAGUGAUAGCCAGUUAAUCUGAGGUUAGGGGACAGAUGGUCAAAGCUUUAUCUAAUGGCAUCAAAAUAGUGCAAAAGCAGGGCUGUAAAUCCUUGAGCUUCCAUCUGAUGGGUAAAAUGAACAUGCAGAAGAAAUCAUAGUUUACAUUCACUUAUUUCCAGAUGGGUGGUGGGGAGAGAUUGAGACUCAGUUCUGCAGAUGCUUACAUAUGGAUUUUAUUGUGCAGCUCUGUAAAGUGAUUAAUGAUUGGAUGUGUGGCAGUGUAACCUGGUUUUACAACGAUUCUUUAUUUAGAGGAGCUGCCUGAGACAAGCUUUGACAAACUAAACUUGCAGGUUAUAUUUGGACUGAAACACUUCCUUGGAAGGACUCUAACUUUGUAGUUGUUGGUUCUCACCAAAUCCAUUAAGUCUCUGAGUGGUGUCUGACUGAGUGUAACUGGUGUGUUUCAGACCACUAAUGAGGUGGUCCUGGCUGUGGAGUUUCACCCCACUGAUGCAAACACCAUAGUUACCUGUGGGAAGUCCCAUAUCUUCUUUUGGACCUGGUCUGGGAAUUCACUGGCUCGUAAACAGGGGAUCUUUGGGGUAAGUUUAAUCCACAUAUUCAGUAUUAGUAACAGGAGGUUAGACACUGUGACAGUGUCGAUGAAAACAGAUUCUGAUGGUUUAAAAACAGUUUAAACUCUGUAUUUGAUUGAAAGUAGAACACGGAUAACAACACCUUGUGGGUCUAAUAAAGGGAACAUCUUGUCUUUUCUUGAAUGAAACUAAAAAAAUUCAAUGAGUAUUCAAUUCAAAGUAUCUCUGGAUUCGCAAUUUGAUACCAGGAGCAUGUUUCACAGCAGUCGGGUCAGGGACAUUUAAAAUCUUAAAAAAAAAAAAAAAACUGAGGAACAUCUUAUAACUAACCUGAUGAGUUAGCAACAGGUCAGUCACCUGAGGAGGACUGAAAAGGGAAUUCCAGUGAGGCUUUUUUAAGUUUCAACUUAUAUGAUUUCACUUAACUAUUUUAGAUCAAAUAUAGAUGAUGAUUUGCAGUUUGAUAAAUGAUUUGCAAACAAUCCAAUUUCAGUUGUUCAUCUUAAUAAUGAAUCAAUUUUCUGAAUGCCAUUUCUGAAGUUUUAAAAAAUAUUGAUUUUUAUUGUUAGUACUGCAAAACAUCAUGUGUAUAUAAACCUCUUGUACAUAACCCACAUGUAACAUAAUGUCAUGAAUUUUUUUAAUCACUGCACUCUUCAUCAUUGCACUAUAACACUACUGUCUUGUACAUAUAUAUAUAUAUAUACAAGUUCAAUGUCUAGUUGGAGUUUGUACAUCAUUUGUAUUUUUGUACUAUUUCAUGUUUGAUGUUUGUACAUAGAGGUCAAAGUUCACCGGAGUCAAAUUCCUUGUAAGUGUAGAGAUACUUGCCCAAUAAAGCUGACUCUGAUUAUGGUCAGCCUUGAGACUCAUGAUAAAUGUAACACCGUAUUUCAGAGGGGGAGGCAGGUUAAAGUUGUAGUGCGUUUUCAUUUCAUUGUUGGUUUCAGCCAUGACUUACCUUACCUUAUCUCAGCUCAGCUCUUAUUGACCAUAUCUGGUUGAUUGUGGGUGUGUAGAGGGCAGAAUUAGGGCCAAAACUCCAUGGACACAUUUGCUGGUUUGGAUGUGAGGAUUCAUACACAGGUCAUACAUACCCUCAUCGUACAAUCGUAAAAGAUGCUUCGAGAAGCUUUCGUCUGGUCUAGCCUGUAUCUCUGGUUUCUCAUCUUUUUACAGAAAUAUGAAAAGCCAAAGUUUAUUCAGUGUCUGGCUUUUCUGAGCACUGGAGACAUCCUUACUGGAGACUCUGGAGGAAUCCUGCUGGUCUGGACCAGGAACUCAGCUGACACACCCACCGGGAAGGGACCCAGAGGUGAGGAGACGGUUUUUCUGUGUUGGUACUAAAUACUGAGGGAGUUCUUAUGAGAUGCACCUAUGAGAUAUAUCAGCUUGAGUGUUGGAUUUCACUCAUACUUAGCCUGGUAAUGGAUGAUGACUUCAUGAUUUGGGUUCUCCUUAAGCCCAGGUUCAGCAUGUCUGCUGUUGUAUAUCACUUUAAUAGUGGUUAGCCAGACUCGUCCAGCAGUUUGUGAGGUUUUUGCUUUUGGUAAAGAAAAACGGUACAUAAAUAUCAUCCAGCAUUAACAGUUUGGUUUAGUUCCAAUACAACAACAUUAAAUGUUUUUCUAAAGCAGGUUCUUGUUGCACUGUAGAAGCUCUUCAAACGUCCUCUGUGUCUGUGAUUGUAGAGCAGCUAAAGAGGCUUUUGAAGUGUUUAUCUUUUCAAGCAAUUAUCUGUGUGGUACUAGUCUAUGCUGUUAUUAUAUUAUGUGGAAAAAUCAGAUUUCCUCAGUUGCUGCAUCCCUGGACAUUUUUAAGGUCUCAGGAAUAUGAAGAGACAAAUCAAGAUCCUCUUGUCUUGUUCAGAUCCCUCUGUGCCAAGCUUUUGUCUCUUUCAGCAUGGAAACAAUUUGGCUGCAAAGGCUCCACAUUAAUGUGUUCAUUACCAGAACGAGUUAAACAGACAGAAAGUCAGUUGACUGAUUUAAUGAUGAUUUCAAAAAAAUCAUCAUGCUGAUGAUAUUCAGUCACUGAGAUAUCACAGUAUUCCAGCUUUGUACUGAGCUCUACAGAGAGCCUUAACAUGCUCUAAAUUCUUUUCACCACCUGCUCUAGUGUGGACUAAGGUAAGAGUAGACCUUAGCGUUCACUGUUGACAAACAUGCAGAAAUCCCUGAUUUUAUAUCUACUCGUCUUCUCCAUGUGUCUCCACUGCACUGAUUUACAGUCACUAAUAAACUGUUCAGGUAUCGCACCUCUUACCUUCCUGCACCAUCUCAGCCUCCUCCUUUGUCAGAACCUCAUUACCCCCUACUGAAAACUGAAAUUAAAAUCCCCCAUUCUGAGCAGGUUAAAGACACACUAUUUCCUGUAUUCUUGUGCACAAUCCUCUCCUGUCCCUCCAUGAAGCUGAUGUCAUUGACUCAGACUGCUUAGGAAUUUCACCUGCACUUCAAUCUUGAUCUCUUAAUUACUGUUUGGUCAUAGCUGUUGAACAUUAAAACACACUACAUGGAAGUUGUGGAUAAUGUAGACUAACUCCUGUUAACUCUGUUAGUCCUGAAAUCAGUUUCUCACUUCCAAGAAAGAGUGAGUGUUGGCCCGGUGUCUGUAAUGGUUUUAGUGACAUGUUGUUAAAGUGAUUCAGAGCAGACAUGCCCGUGCCAAGAGCUAAAGGUUUUUCUGGGGAAGUACUGCACUCUGAUCAGACUUGGUAAACCUGCUGAAGCACUGAGACUGAAAGAGAUCCAGAAACAACAGAGUGAUUGUAAGCUCAGUGAACCCUGUCAGCACAUUUGGUGAGACAGGAAGUAGAAAAGGUUUUUUUUAGUAUUUUCAGGGGGGACUUCUUUAGAAAUGGGAGGUGUUUCCUUUGUCACCUGCUGCCUCCUGCUGGCUUUAGUCUUAAAACGUGUGUGUGUGUGUGUGUGUGUGUGUGUGUGUGUGUGUGUGUGUGUGUGUGUGGGUGUGUGUGUGUGUGUGUGUGUGUGUGUGUGUGUGUGUGUGUGUGUGUGUGUGUGUGUGUGUGUGUGUGUGUGUGUGUGUGUGUGUGUGUGUGUGUGUGUGUGUGCUUGCAGCAUUCCAGAUCAACCGGCAGGUCAAGGCUCAUGAGGGAAGUGUUUUCUGUAUGUGUGAGAUGAGGAGUGGCACCAUACUGACAGGAGGGGGAAAAGACCGAAAAAUCAUCCUGUGGGACCAUGAGCUUCGAGCCGACCGCGACAUUGAGGUCACAACACACACACCCACACACACACACACACACACACUCAGAUAACAUCGGACCUCGAGUUUGACGCGAGUCAAACCACUUUGUGUACACAGAUGCCAGAUCAGUAUGGAACUAUCAGAGCUGUGUCUGAGGGGAAGGGGGAGGAGUUUCUUGUUGGGACAUCCCGUAACUUCAUCCUCAGAGGAACCUUCAAUGAUGGCUUCCUGGUGGAGCUCCAGGUGAGACCAUAUGACUGAUCUUCUGAUGUGUGUGAUUUAAUACAGUAUCUUGACCUGUGAACAAACAGCGCUGAUGAUGAUGAUGGUUGUUGCGGUCUUGUGUACUUUUUAGUGUGGCACAUCUUUCCUGCUCAUCUUCAUGCCUCUGCUUUGUGAAGGGUCUCUGUAUUUUUUGUGAUGUGUUAAUGGUCUUUAUGUUUUUUUGUUGCAUGUUCAGGUGUUAAUUAUUUUUCUGUGUCAUGAUGUGUUCAGGGUCACACUGAUGAACUCUGGGGUUUGGCAUCCCAUCCAUCUAGAGAGAUGUUCCUAACAUGCGCCCAGGAUCGAAUGGUGUGUGUCUGGAACUCUGUGAAUCACAGUCUUCUGUGGAGCCGCACGCUGGAGGUAAGGAAGGCAGAGUCAGUGCCUGUCAGCUUAUUGGUUGUUUUGUUGUUCUUGGAUGAUUGACGGCUGCGUUCCUUCCUUAGGAACAUGGACACUGUGCAGAUUUUCAUCCCAGUGGAGCUGUGGUUGCCAUAGGAACAUACUCAGGAAAGUCAGUACAAAUCACUGAUUGAUCCAUAGAUCCUGCCCCCCCCCCACACACACACACACACACACUCACUCACUCACUCACUCACCUUCCCUGUAUACCUACUUAUCUGCAGGUGCAUCGUGGUCUAUGACUCGUGUCAAUCUCAAGGAACAAUAAUAUCUGGCCAACAUGAUAAUACCGUAUAUCUGUCAUGACUGGCCCACUAAUGUAUUAACAUGCACAUCACUGGUACUUCUAAACCCAGAGUGCACUGCAAGAAAAAGUAUUGCACAACCAAACUAGUGCAGUCCUGUUUUUACAAUCUGGGAAACAUUUCCAAAAUCUGAUCUGGUUCAUCAUGUAAAGACACAGAGAGCCUUUCACAUUCCUUCAUCUCCUCAGGAUUUGAUUAUUACAGCAGCCUCUCCACCUUUCUCAUCCAAAAACCCUUCAAUUCGCUCCUGAUUGUAAGCUGUAAAACUCUAAAGCAGAACCAAGAAAGCCUUUCAGCCCCCUUGCCCUCGUGUCAAGUAUGUUUCAGAGUGGAUUUAAAGAUCUUACUGUUGACCUCCUCCACGACAGCAUGAGUCCCCUCCAGUGACAAGUCUGACCUUUUGGUCUCAAAUGUGCCACCAUGCUGCCUCUGACCCUCAGGUAGAGGGUUUGAAUGCUUUGCUUAAAAAGAAGUGACAGAGCAAUGACAGCUCUGGCACAGGCUGCUCAAGGAAUCCAUCACAGACUCGGUGACCUGUGAUCUCUUGAAACAUCCAUCGGAGUUUUUUCCAAUUUCUCUAGGGUUUUCCUGACUGUCCCAUUGGUUACUGCUGCAAUGUUUAGGUUUAGAUUGACUGGAACAUUUUAACAUGCUUUUUUUAAGAUCUUGUAUCAAAGAUUAGACAAUUGGUUCAUAGAGAAAGGUUUUAUUAGUAAUGUCCUGCCCAGUGUUUUCUUGUCUUGACUGUGGAAUCAAACCAGUGUGCAGUAAAACUCGGCAGAGACAUGGAACAAACACCAGAGCUCCAAAUAUCUGCUGGGAAAGUACCAGUCUUCAUAAUGUGUUUGAAAUCACCUCGUAUACUGGUGUCACAAACCAGUAAGGUGGUUUCUCACAUAUAGUGUCAGGAUUGCUGAACUGACCCAAACCAUUUAUGCUUCCCUUUAAAGACCUGAGUUUGUUGCUUCAGUGCAGAAGCCUUUCCCUCCAUUACUAUAAUCUGUUGCAUGAUUAGAGUUGAGAUGACAUAUCAGAUCAUAGUGAAUGCAGCUGUCCUACCAGAGCUUCACAUAACAAUGGCAGGUGACUGGAAAUGCCAAGAUCAGCCUUGAUUCCACAGUUGCUAUCUGCAUCAGGAUUUCCUGAGUUGUUAUUGAUAUAAAAGCUGGCAUACCAGUCAAGACCUGCAAAUACAAGCUCCUCCUCUCUGCUCCUGGCAUUUCUGAGCAACAUAAUGAAGCGUCCUGUUAUGACACCAGUUCAGGGGUGGGUUGUGUGACCACAGACACGUAUGAUGCACUGAGAGCUGCCCAAGUCAAGCUGCUCCUGUGGGACGCUCAGCUACAGCAAGAAAAUUGGGGUUCACUUUUUGUGUUGCCAAAAGAACCAGGUACUUCCAACUGAGCGGUGAUUUGCCGACUUUGUUUGGAGCUCAUAAAUUCAGAUCUGAGUUGCUCAGUAAUCCACUUGCAAAGAGGGCGUAAAAUCACCCGUAGACAUUCAGAGGAGCUGGUUACACUUCAGGGCCGAGUUUGACUGUUGGCCCUGAACACUUGGCACACUUCACCCCUGAAAUGAGUCCCUAACUCCACCUACAAACUGCUCAAAUGCUCACACAGACCUGUUUGGAUGCAUGUCUGUGCAUAUCUUCACUCCGAUGCCUGUGAUAAAAAUCUCUUUCAUUUGAAAUGUCUCAGUGCUGCAGUAGAAAAGUAGACACUGAAAGUGGUGAUGUGCCUCCUGUUAAAAUCUAUGUUUUUGUCCUACUCCUUGGUUUGUUCUGAACCCUGCAGUCUUUUUGAGACCAGCUGAGUUAAUUUUCCAUAUAAAUAAUCUUUCCCAUAUUUUUCGGGCCAUAAGGCGGUGCUAUUAUAAGGCGCACUAUGAAUUAAUGUCUUUGUUCCUACAUAAGGCGCACCGGAUUGUAAUGCGCAUUAAGCAAAACAACACAGUCCGAUAAAUCAAACUUAAUUCUACUCAGUUGUAACAACAAAUACUGGUACAGAAAAAUACGCUCACUUAUUGAUUCAUUCCUCUUCAACAAAUCCAUCGAAUUCUUCAUCUGCAGUGUCUGAGUUAAACAGCUGUGCGAUUUCGGCAUCAAGCAUGCCUGGAUCCAUCUUGUCAUCAUCUGAGUCAGUGAUGAUACCAGCUUUUGUGAAAGCUCAGACGACGGUUACCGUUAUGCUCCGAAUAUCCAUUGAGUGGAGUGGCUUUGUUGCUUACCGAAGUCAUACUUACACAUUUCAACAGAUUUUUGAAUGCAUUGUACCACAUAAAAUUGUUCAGUAAGCACAACUAGUUAGCAUACAUAAGGUGCGCUGUAUUAUAAGGCGCACUGUCAAUUUUUGAGAAAAUGUAAGGAUUUUAAGUGCGCCUUAUAGUCUGAAAAAUAUGGUACUUAACCAGUCUCCCUGUUUGAUAACAGUUCAACUCUAGGAAGACUGCCCAGUUUGCAGACUAGCUAUCUACAAUCAUCUUUCUACCUGUCUUAUGAGGUUUCCAUCUGGUCUGUCUCAGGUGGUAUGUUCUGGAUGCUGAGACCACUGACCUGGUUGCAAUUCACACUGAUGGGAAUGAGCAGCUGUCAGUGAUGCGCUUCUCUGUAGGUGAGUGGAGUUGACUAAAAACAUGUUGUUCCCAGACAAGCAGGUGGCUCUGGAUCCAAAGGUCUGUUCUUUGAAGAUGAACUUCUGCAAAGAAUGGAGAGCAUUCUAAUGUUGCACCAUAUUUCAGGAAGUCACUACCAUACACAACAUUCAAUCUGCCCCAAAUAUCACAUGUGUUGACAGCCCAGUCAUCAACAUACCUAUGUGUAAAUAUACAUUCCUUAUUAAUGCGCUUCCCAAUUGACAAAAUCUUCCAUCUAACUGAGCUGGUCCACAGACCAAGCUGUCAGAGAUCCCUUAAGGUCUUGAAUAUGCAUCAUCAGCUCUUUUUUUUCACUGCCAGGUAUAAUACUUUAUUUAUGCCUUAAGAAAGGGGUGUGAUUCCCACUGCUGUACAGACAUCAGAUGAAGCAUGAGGCAAGACAGGAUCUCUGUGACACCAGUUUAGUGUCAUAGUUCGAUCAUUAUUAGAGUACACAGCCGUAAUGACAGCUGCUCCAUAGAUAAGAGCCUUUUGAAUUUCAGCAAACCAAGGGACCAUGGCUGAAAACCAAAGUUCAGGGUUUCUCUUUUACAGGAAGUGCAUCGUAACUCCAUGUACAAGCUCAGUUCUACCUUAACGUUUCUGGUCAAGCUGAUCCACUGCAGAUGUGCUCAGAAAAGCCUUCAUAAGUUUUUGACCUUUUACUGAACAUCAAUGCCCUUUCCUUUGUGCCAAUACAUAUGUGGAAGUUGUCAUUUAAUACACAAUCCAAAGACAUUUUUGCCUCGGCCAAAGUUCGUUUCUAAGCACAUGCCCACAGUGAGUCAUAGUUUUGAUGGUAAGAGGAAGUAAGCCUUGUGUGACAGACGUUGUUCACUUUCAGUGACCUUGUACAGUCCGCACUUUUUGCAUGCUUGGCUGUGAGUUCCUUCUACUUACCAGACAUGCCAUGUUAAUUUAUCACACAAAGCUUUGUGCAUGUAUAUAAGUCUUUUUCAAGUACAUUUUUUAAACACUGACUAACUAAAAUCACACCUACCUAAUUUUAAGUCAGACUUCUGUACAAAGGUGAUUCAAAUUUCAGAUUCAACUUUAUUUUUAUGGCACUUUUCAGACAAAAAAUGCAGUUCAAAGUGCCUCACAGGCUAAAAACAACAAUAAACAACAAUAAAACCCGACCCUCCCACCCAUGGACCCACACGCACACAAAGACCUGCUUGACACCGAGGCAGGAUGAAUCUUAAAACAGGAUUAAAUCCUGGUUUAAGGUUCAUUUUUAGUCCAUCUCAGUCCAUCAUGAGCAGAGAAUUUUGCAGCUUUUAGCAAGUUACAGCAGAAAGGAAAAUCUUCCUUGAAAUAGGCAGAAACCUUGAGCUGAACCAGACUCUUGUUAGACAGCCUUCUACCACUACCUUGUUUGGAUUGGAGAGAAGGAUAAAGGACAGUUUAGCCACAACUAGCGGUGCAGCCACCAGACCAAAGCAGUAAUCAGUCAUCUCAUCUACAUUUACAUCAUCUAAUGUUUACAUUUUAAAGCAUCUUCAUUAUUCCUGAGGGGGCCAUUUGUUUAUUUUGGGUCUUGCAUACCUGCAAAAACACUCAGGACUGUAAACUAGUUCACUGUAUUAUUUAGUAUUUAUCUACAUUUAUUGUAAUUUCGAGUUAAAAUGUUUUUUAUAUUUUUCUAAGUUUAUCUUAUUCAAUUUGCAUUAUUUACUUUGUAUGAUAACAUGUUGAACUAGUCUAUAGUCUCUUUAGUUUUUAGUACAGAUGCUUUAAAACGGGCAGUUUAAAAAUUAAAAAAAAAAAAAAAAAGUGAUAAUAAUCAAGAUCAGAUGAUAUGCCAAAAUUUAUCAUGAUCAUUUUUUGGGGGGACUGGAAAAUUAAAGGACACUCAAUAAGCUGGAUGAGAAAAAACAACUUACUGAAUUUCUGUCUAAAGGACUUAAAGAUUUGAGAAACAGGGUCCUUUUGUGCUGCAGUGUUUACGUUUAUACAUUUUUACAAUAAUGCACCUUUUCCUCUGUCUGCAGAUGGCGCCCUGUUAGCUGUUGGAUCUCAUGAUAACUUUAUCUACCUGUACACCGUCUCGGACAAAGGACGAAAGUACAGCCGAUAUGGGAAGUGCACAGUGAGUAUAUUAGCCCUUAUUCCUUUUUCUUUUCUUUUCUUUUCUUUUCAUACUCUCUGGUCAUGUGGUUGUACUUGCAGAAAACUAUCUAAGUUUGCAUCCAGCUGCACUGCGGCUGUGUCCAAAAUCAUGCACCGACUAACUCUCUGUAAUCUCUUAGUGGGAAAUUCAGUGUACAUUAUUGUACAGUAAGCACAGUGAAAGCUGCACUAUUAGGUCAUUUUCCCUCUGACAGGAAACCCCUUUAUUAUUCCUUGGUACUAUUUACAGUCUCCUGUAAAAUACUGACAAUAAAGCAGUUUAACAUUUCUCAUCAAACCUGCAAAAACCAAUACAAAAUGGGAAAUUCAUUCCUUCUAUCUUUUGGAACUCCACUGGAUCCUCUGAUAUUGAGAAUCCAGUUCAAAGCAGACUGUCAGAAAUUUCAAGUAUUUAUUUUUUUAAGUCCCUGCAGCUUUUUCUUCUCCUCUUAGAUCACAAAUGUGACAGAGGCUACACUGUACAUGCUAAACAAAGGCUUUGACAUCAUCUUAGCCCAGGACUCUGUUGGACUCUGAAUCAUGCCAUAUCAAAGUAAUAUCAAUAUAAAUGAUCUUGUUUUUGUAACCAUAUUUCAAACAUUUAAUUAUAUGCUGAUUGUGUUUGAUAGAAGUGAAAACAAGUUCAAUGAUCAGUCCCUCAAAUUGGCAUCUGUCACUUCCUGUCUGUGUUUAUUGGAUGCAGCUCUCUUGCCAACUCAGCUGGCCCCAGUAGGUGGUUCUCUUCUCCAGCAGUCCCUUCUGCUUGCUCAGGGAUGUGAUUUCACAAGUUUUCUGAAUAUUUCCACAGGGACAUUCCAGCUACAUCACACACCUGGACUGGUCACCUGACAACAACUUCAUCAUGUCCAACUCUGGAGACUAUGAGAUCCUCUACUGUGAGCACUGAAGUCCUCUGUCCUGUUGUGCUGUGUACUUGUGUGGUUAAAAUGUUGUCAUGUUGCUUAGUAACACUGGUGUGUUUUCAGGGGAUGUUCCAAAUGGUUGUAAACUGAUCAGAAAUCGCUCCGAGUGUAAAGAUAUUGACUGGGCGACUUACACCUGCGUUCUGGGGUACCAUGUGUUCGGUGAGUACAUUACAACCUUCACAUUCAAGAUGGCAUGAACUUGAACCCUCUGUUAAGCUGUAGAGCUCUAUGUAUGCGCACCUUUUAACAGGCACCAUCACUACGUCCUAAGUCUGAUCAGAUGCAGACCUGUAAACCUGCACACAUGUUUAUCAAGCUCCUACAACUAAUACUAAAACUACCUCUUCAUUUCCUUUUCUAUAAAAGCUACUUUUACUUCUGCAAUUACAACUACUUCAAUCACACAGUUACAUAAACAGUACAAAAACUACUUCUACUACAUUUCCCAACAAUACUGAAGCUACUGAUAAUAGACUGUAACUGUUAUACUACUACUGCUGCUGCGCUUACUACCAUUAAUACCAUUUUACUACCACCACUGUCGUCUACUUCUGCUGCAGCAAUUGUUACUAUUACUGCUUAUACUAAUACUUCGGCUACAACUGCUACCUUAAUACUAUUACUUCUUUUGUAGUGCUCCAUUUACCACUUUAACUAUCAUUGCUAUGAUAACCUCAACUUCUACAAAUAGUCUUACAACAUAAUGUACAUCGUCUGAUACUACUUCUCUUUGUUAAUAUUACUGCGACUAUAUCUACUGCUUAUACUGUAACUACAAACAAUGUAAGUACAGGCACUGUUACAUACUGCUGCUACUACGGGUUGUAACUAUCUAAUAACAAAUGAGAGGCUGUGUCCAGUAGUGUGCUUUUUUUUGUAGCACCAGGCCCUCACCAGCCACUACUGUUGCUAGGCUACAUAAGUGAUCUCACAGCACCUCUGCUUCCCUCAUAUAUUUUGACGUAUAUUUAGUGUCUUAGUUUUUCAAGAGAAAUGCAAAAAAGCUUUGUUUCCUAUUGAAGUUUCUUACCUCUUUUUGUAUGUAUGUGCGUCUCUUUGUCUUUAAUAAUUUUGUUUCUGUGUGUGUAUGUCUGAUGUUUGUAUCGCUGCAUGUGUCUCCUUGCAACUGCCUGGGUCACUGUGCAUGCAUUUUUUAUGUGUGGUUUGUGUGUAUGUGUGUAUCUCUGUGUGUAUUUGUAUUUUUCUGUGUAUGUGUGUUGGUUAGGUGUGUGGCCGGAGGGUUCUGAUGGUACCGACAUCAACGCCCUGAUCAGAUCUCACAACAGGAAGGUGAUCGCUCUGGCAGAUGACUUCUGUAAAGUCCACCUGUUUGCCUACCCAUGCUCAACUGCCAAGGUAACACAUCAGCCAAGCCAACAGAGUUUUAGCGACAUUCAGUCUUGUUUCUGGGGCAACAAAGAAGCUGAGUUUGUCUUUUUGUAGUAAAAAACUUAAAUGUAAUAGGGAGUGAGUGUUAAUCUAAGAGUGCUAAGACUGCAGUGAGCCAGGGUGCUCUUAUUUUCUCAGUUCUCAGAAUGUAAUGUUCAGUGCUGUAAAACAAAGACCACAGGUGCCGGGCUGAGUGACAUGCAGCUAUCAGAAACUUUGAUGCGAACAUAAUCUGAACACUAUCAAAACCAGUCCAGGGCCGAAAAUCAGGGUACUGAAGUUCAUAUAGAGAUAAAUACUCAUUAUGUUGACCUAAAGUAUAAUAUUUCAUAAUCCUUCAUCUCUAUGUGUCUGCAGGCUCCCAGUCAUAAAUACAGCGCCCACAGCAGCCAUGUGACCAAUGUCAGCUUCCUGCACAGAGACAGUCACCUGAUCUCCACGGGGGGGAAGGACACCAGCAUCAUGCAGUGGCGUUUGGUGGAAAAAACCUCACUUUCCCUAACUGAUGGUCUCCUAUCUAACUCCACCCCCAUCCGGGUCGACCCUGUUUUUACUCAGCCCCCUCCUGCCCCAGCUACACCCACACAGGAACCUGCCAGUCUCCCAACAGCCAAUGGCACCCAAGAACCCUCCUGGGGCACUACGCCCCCCACAGAGCUACCCCCACCCAUAUCAGAGUUAACCCCACCCCAUUCUGAGGCGACCCCUCCGGUAUCAGACAGCACAGUGAGUCUGAAGGACAGCCUGGAGCCGAGCGACGACACAGCCACACCCAGUGAUGAGGGGCUGCCCCCCCUUACACCCCCUUCGUAG